AUGGGGGAAUGGGAUUUUCUCAGCGGACUCUUCGAUCACCUUCAGGCCCACUCGCCCAUGCUGGGCCGCUUCUGGCUCUUGCUGAUGCUGGUCUUCCGGAUCCUGAUCCUGGGAACGGUGGCAAGUGACAUGUUUGAGGACGAACAGGAAGAGUUUGCGUGCAACACGCUCCAGCCGGGCUGCAAGCAAGUUUGCUACGACCAGGCUUUCCCAAUCUCUCAGUACCGCUUCUGGGUCUUCCAUAUCGUCCUCAUCGCCACACCGUCGCUACUCUUUCUCAUGUACGCCAUGCAUCAUCACAGCAAGAGAAAUGGCUCCAAAUCACCUAAAGACUAUAGGGAAAGCCGGCAGAUAAGGAUGUUCUACAUUGUUCACGUGGCUUUCCGGUUAGUCGCCGAAGUGGGAUUUCUAGUCGGACAGUGGUGGCUUUACGGCUUCAAGGUGGAAGCCCAGUAUCCUUGCGACCGUUUCCCUUGUCCCUACACGGUGGACUGCUUUACUUCGCGCCCAGCCGAGAAAACUGUCUUUCUCUGCUUCUACUUCGCCGUCGGGGUCCUGUCUGCCUUCUCCAGCUGCGUGGAGCUCCUCUACAGCUCUGUCAAGUGGUUCUGUUCCAGGCAGAAGCGCUUACCUACACUGAUUGACGAUAGCUACAAGUUGGAAAAGCCUCAAGAGAAGUCUUCGGAAAAUACAGUGUUGGACGGAGUGCCCAAGAAGACCAGGAAGGGGAGUAGCAAGAAGGGUAAAGGGAUGCCUUACAAGUACAAGAAUGGGAAGUAUGUGAAGGGCAAUGCUUUUGUGGUCUAA